AUGGACAAAUUCCCCGACGGGAUCCACGUGCGGCUGCGGAGCCGCGUGCGCCGCGCGUCGUACCUCCACGCCGACGAGGACGGGGUUGGGGUCUCCCUGCUCCCGCUCGGCCGCCAGCCGACGCUGAACGCGGUGUGGCGGGUGCACCGGGUCCUGCGCGACGGCAUCGACUACGUGCUCCUCCACGGCGCCGCCUACGGCCGGUACCUCGCGCUGUCGCCCGACGAGGAGGAGCCCGCGGGACACCGCGGCGUCCCCGCCAUCCAGCGCGGCUACGACUCGCGGGACCUGGACGCCGUCAUGUGGAGGCCCGUCGCCGUCGCGGGCUCCAACAGCAGCGGCUACCUCCGCAUGCGCCACGUCUACAACGGCAACCUCCGCGCCAACGGCAGGUUCCGCCCGUGGAUCACCUGCGUCACCGUCGAUCAGUACUUCGGCACGACGAGCACGAUGAGGCAUUGGAGCGUCGAGGUCGUCCCACACAGACAAGGGCCGCCGCCAGCCCUUCCACUACCGACUGGGAAUUUGUAUUCAGACUUGCUUCUUCAUUCAGUCACCGGUUCUGUCAGGCCGUUUGGUUUCCCUAACCAAGUGUUCGAUUGCAGCAGAAUCCAGGAGGCCGCAGUGGCCUGCUCCGGCAGCGCACUAAGGCCGAGGCGGAUCGGCGCCGGAUGA